UUGUAUAUCUGGUUUUAUUGACGUGAUUUGAUGUAUUUUCUCGAUUAGUAUAAUUAAAAUUUCAAAAUGUUUAAGACAAAGAAAGUACAAAAAGAAAAUCAUAUGUCAUUUUUCAUUGGAGGCACUGCAAUUGGAAUGGCUACUGGUCUAUUAGCUGGAAGAUUAUUUUCAAAUAUAUCAAUUAAAAAAAAUCAAAAAUUUGGACCUGAAAUUCUUAUCAACAAAAAUAUGAAAAAGUAUUCUCAGGAUGAUAAUAUUUAUGAUGUAUAUUUUAAUAGAAAUCAUCAUAAUAUACGUUCUGAAAGUGCUUCUCGAUACAAUGAGGAAAAUCUCAUAGAGAAACCACUGUCACCAAUUUCUUUAAAUAAAUUUGAUGAUAAAUUAAAAAAUGAUAUUAAUAAUUUUAAUUUAAGUUGCAAAUGCAACAAAAAUGAACAUAAAGUCUUUCAUGAUAACAAAAAUCAUAUUCCAUAUAAUAUAAGUAUAGAAAAUAACAAUGAAUACAAUGCACUUACUGAUAUUUCUCCAGAAAACACUAAGGAAGAAACAAAGAACAAUAAUUAUUUUAAAUUAGAAAAUACUAAACAAGAAUCUUCAUAUGCUGUCCAAUCAGAAAAUAAUGUAAGUGUUAAAGCAAUAAAUGUUGAAAAAGAAACGUCAAGAACUGCAAAAAUUUAUGAAAGUAUGCAGUUAACAGACAUAUUUAACAGUUUAUCUAUUAAUUUCUGUGAAAACAGUACUAUUUAUAAUAAUCACCCAAAUAUAAUAAAUUCUGGGAGUGGUUCAAAUAUUUCAUCAAGUUACACUGAUAAUGCCAGUAAUAUGGCUACAUAUGAUACUACAUAUUUCGAAAAUGCAGAACAAAGUAACAUUUUUAAUUUUUCUUCUAUUGAAGACUUUUAUGAAACUGACAUAAUCUCAUCUACAAAACAAAAUAAUUUCAAUGACAUCUAAAAGUUUUUAAAUGUAAUAACUAGAGUGCAGAUUUUUAUGGGUUUAUAUAAAAUUUAAAAGUACAAAAUUACAAAAUAUGAUCAUAAUGUGAAAAAUAUAUAAACUAUUCAAAGUACAAUGUUUUCAGUAAUGCUUGGUAGAUAAAACAAUUGGCCACAGAGGUCUUUUAAUGUAAAAUAUCAAGUUAAGCCAUAUUAAUUCUUUAAUUACAUUCUCAAAAAUGUGAAUCUGCAUAAAAAUCCGCAAUCUAGUAAUAACUAUUAUAAAGUUAAGGUUUUAAACUAAUAACAAUAUUAUUAUUUAGUUUGAAUAUUUUUUUUUUAUUACAUGUAUAUUGACAAAAAAAAUAUUUUGUAUAAUGAGAGAAUAAAUAAAUGAUUUAAUACAA